AUGUAUAACUGGAAUCUCCAUAUUGGUGAUGGCUCAUUCGAUACCAAACCUAAGUCUCAAAUUGAAUUAUGGCCAUAUGAGCCAAAAUAACCAAUCGACCAAGUACUUUCAGUACUUUUGGGCAACUAAGGAUUGAGCUCAAUUAAAUUAACUAGAAACAUUCCAUAAUCUGGAACUGUAGAAAAAGUUGCUGGUCCUGCAUCAGGAAAAGUUGAAGUUGGAACUGGACCUAAAUCAGGUUAAGUAAGUUCCGCUGAUGGACCUAAAUCUGGUUAAGUUGACUCCGCUAACAAACCUAAAUCAGGAUAGGUUGACAAAAUCGAUGGAGCUAAAUCAGGAGAACCCCAACCAGGUUCUAAACCAUAGUCAGGCGAAUAAGUAGUGAACAAAUGAGCUUGAUAUUACAUAUAAACAAAAUAUUAAAACAUUCAUCUUUAAAAA